GGCCUGUGGUUAGGGCCACAGGGAUAUGACAUGUCAUUAGUCAGUUGUUAGUUAACAACCAUUGAAUUAAUAUAUAUUCAUAUACUGUAUCCAUUCUGAAACCUUAUAAAAUAGGGAUUAUCGAUAAAACUUUUUUUUUUACAAGGAUUCAGAAUAUUCAGAUUCAGAAUUUAUGAAUAGUGUUGUCACUGUUGUGAUGGUUAACUGAUAACGUGUUACUUGAAAUCCCUGUGGUUGUACGACACAUGUAUGUGGGUAUAAAGUGUAGCUGGGAGUGGGACCUACCUAUAUAACCUGUAAAAUAAACUGUCAUUCGAAGGCUUCAGAAACUUCAUAUAAAUUUGACAUUAUAUAAAUAAGUGAUCAUGAUUGACAUUUUUUUAAAUUCAGAUAGGCCUAGCUGUUAAAAUGAGUGGAAUAAGAAAACAAAAUGCCAAUAAAAGUGUUGCAGAACAAAAUGAUGAGUGGCUUACAACCAGGAAUAAAAGAAAGGCACCGCCAAGUCAAAGACCCCUGAAAAAACACAAGGCUUACUCAGGUCCGCUGAGGGAGUCUACAAAGGAAAACCAACUGUUUUUAUUGACCCAGAACUCGCCACCUCCUCCCCAGCUCAAGACAUGCACCAAGCAGAGUGAUAUAAAGUCAUUUUUCAAGUCACCAAAUCUAACGGAUCACCCUGAUAAGGAAAAAUUUCCAGUGCGAUCACUUUUUGAAGAUGAGAUAUCCAAUCAUGUAAUCUGUUCUUCUGAUGACUCGGACGAUGAAAAUGUCAAAGAAAACUUGAACAUCUGUGGGAAGGGCAGGUCUAGGUUACUCAGGAGUCCUACAGAUAAGGGAGAUAAUUCUGCAAGUAAACAAAUCCAAGACAGGAAAGGUGAAGAUAGUAAACUUCAGCAAGUGCUGUGUGUCGAAAAUGAAAGUACGGAUGAUUUCCUUCACAAGGGGGAAGAUGUGAUUAAUUCACCAACCAAGAGAACCGAUUGUGGAAUACUAACAGAACAGUAUGUUAAAUUUCAAAGUAAGAUGCAGAGAAGAGUUUUAAUACAGACAGAUCCUUACAGAGAUAAAUCUGUUCCAUCCACAAAUAUGAAUAGUGUUCAGAUGCCUUCCAUGCAUAACGAGAAUGACAGGUUUUAUAAAGGCAGGUGUGAAACAGACCCGGAACAGGAAUGUUUAAAACAGGAAAAGAAACUUUGUGAGGAAGACAGUGAGGCCAGUGAAACAGAAAUUAGUUUCAGAAAUUGUCAAAUAUUGGCAGCAAAUAGAAACUCAAAAGAAAAACUAUUAACAUGUGACAGAUCUACAUGUAAAGUUUGCUGUGAUUACCAAACAGAAAGUUUGACAUUUACUUGUGAAAAUCAACAUUCUACAGACACUGACCCAUCAAACCACUCUCGUCUCAUCAACUCGGAGGAAGCUGACCAAGAACUUGAGAAUUUUUCUUUGUCCUUGAAUACACAAUAUACUUGAAA